AUGGAGCCCGAUGUGACCCGUUGGGUUCUCUGGUACUGGCUAGUGUUCUUGGCCGCAUCAGCAGGUGCAUUGUUUCAACGCGCCGCUGAUUUCUCACGCAAUGACGAUAUGGAGACUUGCUUCCUAUGUAUCUGUACUGCCAUUAUGUGUCUCAUGUACUUUGUGCGCAUGCUCCCCCUUUACGUCCAGCUACGCCUGGAUCUCCUUGUUCAUGAUCGCAAUGGUCCCAAUGACCGUGAUGACCCCAACGGGCACCCUGGGCCGGAUUCUAGCGCCGAGGAGCGCGGACGGCAAUCCAAUGGUCAUUCUUCGCAACUUUCACGCCGUGGCACUGGGGGUGGCGGGUCCUCAACGUCCUCUCGUUAUUCUGCUACUACCUACCCUCCCAGUUCUGGUCGAUACCGUGACGCACUCUUGAUUACGAUCGUGCUAAUGACAACCAUGUGUUCCCAGUUCGUCUCUUCUCGCGGCAAUGAAUACUUCUGCGAAAUUGACGAGGACUACCUGACGGACCGCUUUAACCUCACUGGGUUGAACACCGAGGUUUCUUACUACCAAUACGCCCUUGAUCUUGUCACCGAUGUUUUCGAUCUUGACGCCGACGAUGAUCUGCGUGAGCAAAUCGAAAAGUCUGCCCGUCAUCUCUAUGGAUUGGUUCACGCCCGGUAUAUCGUUACCACUCGUGGUCUUGCCAAAAUGCUCGAGAAGUACAAGAAGAGCGACUUUGGGAAGUGCCCACGUGUGAUGUGCGAUGGACAUGCGUUACUUCCUUUGGGCGAGUCCGAUCUUCCGAAUGUCAGCACCGUCAAGUUGUACUGCCCCAAGUGCGAAGAUAUUUACAACCCCAAAUCCUCCCGUCACUCAUCCAUCGAUGGAGCAUACUUCGGUACUUCAUUCCACUCGAUUCUUUUCCAGGUCUACCCAGCGUUGAACCCUGAGAAGAGCAGCCGUCGCUAUGAACCCCGUAUCUUCGGUUUCAAGGUGCACUCCGCAGCUGCCCUUGCCCGUUACCAGGACAAUCAGCGUGAGGAUCUCAAGUGGCGCCUCGCUGAAGCCGACAUCACUCACCGCUUCAUCGAAGACAGCGAGAGUGACGAUGACGCGUUUGAAUACGAUGAGGACUACGCCGAGGGUCCCGCGGAGCCAGCUAAGAACGACAAGCUCCUCGGUGACGCAGCUUCGGCUCGCAUGAACGUCGCCAAGUAA